AUGGCUUCUGCGGUAGAGCAUUACGUUCAGAAUUUGAGCGAAGUGCCUCAAGACUUUAGAGUUGGAGGCAAAGACUUGCCUCUGAUAUCUCAAGACAGGGUGUUUGAAGAGCUGCCCUUGAUUGAUAUGACUCAAACUGAGAAACAAAUCAAACAUGAAAUUUCUGCUGCCUGCCAGGAAUGGGGAUUCUUUCAGGUGGUGAAUCAUGGUAUUCCUGCAGAUGUGGUUGAGAGUGCAAGGAGAGUAGCAAGAGAGUUCUUUGAGCUGCCAGAAGAAGAAAAAAUGAAAUGGGCACGCGAAGAGGGUAAAACAGAUCAGAUUGCUGGUUAUGGACGUACAGAAGGAUUCAGAGGACAGCAUACUGAUUGGAUGGAUUCCCUCUAUGCCUUCCUUGCUCCCCAUUGCCUCAAAGCUCGCCAUCUCUGGCCCUCAACACCCACUGAAUAUAGAGAUACCAUAGAUGAGUUUGGAAAGGAGUGUAGCAAACUUAUAAAUCACUUGCUGGGGAUUCUAUCUGAGGAUUUGGGCAUGCCCUUUGAUGGUCUGGAAAAGGAAUUUGAAGAGUACAAUCUUUUCUACAGAGCAAAUUACUAUCCUCCAUGCCCAGAACCAGAUAAAGUUCUGGGCACUCAUGCACACACGGACCAUGGUGCAAUCACCAUUCUUGUUCAAGAUAAUAUCUGUGAUGGCUUGCAAGUUCAGAAAAGAGAUGGGCGUUGGAUCUCUGUUGCUCCUGUACCCAACGCACUAGUUAUCAACCUUGGAGAAUCUCUUCUGGUGGGUGUUUUAUAA